AUGAAAUUGGAAGAAUUUUAAAGAAUAGAAGAUAUUCAUAUUAAAAAUGAAAACACUAAAUAACCUGAAGUGAAAAAGAAACCAUUUUCGCAAUUGAUGGUUCAUUUCAAUAUCCAUCAUUUCAAAAGGAAAAUGUUAUCAUACAUUCAUCCUAAUAAGGAAUUAUCAAAAAAUUAAUUCUUUAUAAUAUUUGACAAAUCUUCAUCUUUCAAAAGCUAUCCAAAAAAAUAAUAAUAAUAAACAUCGUUGUUAUAGCAUAAUAGAGCAGUUGUCGGGUUUCGUAACAUCAUAAAAGAUUUUAAGAAUACCUUAAUAGCCUAAUUAAAGAAAAAGGUUUAAUAUUUCAUAGAAAUUAUACCCAUAAUAGAUCCUUAUUCAACUAGGAAGUUGAUCUGGGACGGAAUCAUUACUAUAAUGAGAAUUUACUUAUUAAUUUGGAUUCCCAUUUUAAUAGCAUUUAAAAAUGGAACUCUAGAGGACUUGAAUGCUUAUACUCUUAAUGUAUGCAGCAGUGCUUUUUUGAUUGAUUUGGCAAUGCAAACUUUUACAAUAAGAUUUGAUAAAGGAUUUCCUGUAAAAGAUCGAUAUUAAUUGAUACAAUACUAAAUAAAUUGGUGGACUGCAAUAGAAUUAUUUAGCUUCAUUAUCUCUUUGUAUUUCAGCAUUUAAUUUCAUUAAAACAAUUUUUCAAUGUCAGUAGUUGAAGAUGAUGGAUGGACUAAAAUACUAUUGUUAUUAUUGAUUGUCUAGACAAAAAAUAUUCUUUAGUUUAUUGAAAAUUUGCAAUGUGUAAUUAAACCAAGUAAAUCAUCAAAUUCAUUGAUUGAAUUGGUGAAAUUGAUAUGCUUAAUUUUAUUAAUCUAACAUAUUUUUUCAUGCGUGUGGUAUUGAAGAGUUAUAUUUAGGGUAAUAAUUGGAACAUAUGAACAUUUAACAAGCUAAUCAUCUUGGCUUGAUAUGGCGAAGUUGGAUAUCGAUUAACCUUGGCACAAUAUUUACUUAGAAGCCCUGUAUUUUAUAAGUGUAACUACAUUUACAGUUGGAUAUGGUGAUAUAACGCCACAGAGUAUGUUUAAAUUUAAUAAUAUAUAGAUGCAUCUGAGAAGUGGUUUACAGUCAUAUAUAUGUUUUUCUGUACUUUGUAACUCUCUUAUUCUGUAAAUACUAUAGGGUCGAUCCUGAUUUAAUUAAAAGAAAACAAUGAAGAAAUAAAAUAGAAAAUGACAGCUGUUACAGAGUAUAUGACGAAUAGAUAAAUGAGUCGAGGAUUGUAGUUUAAGUAAGACAAUCAUUAUACCUAUUUUAAGAGUUAGAGAAUAUUUAAAUUAUUAUUGGUAACAAGAAAAUGUUUAAAAGAAAAAUGAGACUGCUGAAAUUAUACGAUUACUACCAGAGGAACUCCAAAAAAGUAUACAAAGAGAAGGAUGUUCUAAUUUAAUUAAUAAGAGUUAAUUUUUCAAAGAGAAAUUUACACCAGGGUUUCUAAAUCAAUUAGUAGAAAUCGCUUAUGUGCAGAAUUUCUAACCAGGAAUAGUAAUCAAUGACUUGUAAAACAUUUACAUAAUUGAAUAAGGAUGUGUAGAAAUAAUAUAAAAUUAAGUAAAAACAUGGCAUUUAAAUUAUAGACAGUAGUAGGCUAAUUAAUUUAAUUUUAAUAGUUUGGACUAAAAAGAGUAUCUCUAGAUUUGAUAAAUGAAACCAAAUAUCGGACCAAAUCAUUUACAAAUCUUCUUAUUAUUCCAUAUACAUCUCUAGUUUAAUUAAUUGCAUAAAAUUAGAAUGAAUUAGAAAUAGUGUCAUAAGCAAGUCUCAAUAUUAUUAAUGAGUGUGUUAUAUGCAAAGGAUCACAUGUAACAGAAUUGUGUUCUCAGGUACAUUAUAUUCCUGACAAUGAAAAAGUAAUUAAAAAAUAUUUGUACAACUCUACCCAAUAAAGAGGAAGGCAUAAGAGAAAACCAAGAGAUUAAUUUUAAGAAUGGAAAAAUGAGUUGAGGUAUUUUCAAGACACUGCUGAAUAAUUAUAAUAAGAUUGUAAUAAUGAAAUUGAACUUCUUUUUCCCAAUAAUGAAAAGUAAUAGCACAUCAAUAUUUGUACACCUCGUUCCAUACUUGAAAUAAAUGAUGAAAAGCCUAUAGGACAAAGAGGAGACCUUGAAUAUCGGCUCGAAAACAAAGAUACUACAAAAACCGUUAGAAAAUUCGAAAAUAAACAUGAAAUAAAUGAACUAAAUCUCACUUAGCAGUUCGAAGCAAUAACUUAAAAAUUUAAACAGCUUCAUGUAUACAAUGAAAAAACUUAAAAAGAUAUUUUUCUGCUUUAUAAAAGAUUAGAAUUUUUUAUGGGCUUAGGUGAAUUUGAAAUUGAUAGGUACAAGAGUUAUAAACACUAUCAUAAAAGUUGGAAUAUUGAUAGAAUAAUAGCAGAAUAUAAUUUUGCUUCAAAUUGCACACAAAAUCGAAAAAGUGAAAAAGUCAGCCUUGAAUAAAUAUCGAAAUACCUAUUAUUCCCCAAGUUGUACUUUCAACAGUAUCAUUCCGAGAAACCAUCUGUGCCUCUUGAAAAACCGAAAGUUAUCAAAAGUAUAAUCAUUAUUCAUCAUAGAUUUUAGAACUUCUAAGAAAAGGAAACGAAUUGCCAUUCAUCCAGAUUUUUGA